AUGGUUUUGUAUGUUGCUCAAAUGAAGGAAUGGAAAGCUAGGCUACUGAUGGAACAAUCUUCUGCUAUCAAGUGUCCUUCUUUAUCCUAUCAUCUGGUUGGCACAAAAAAGAUUCAACAGGAACUUGCAAAGCCUGGUGUUCUGAAGAGUCGGUUCCUUGAAAACAAAGAUGACAUUGCUAAACUGCGUAAAUGCCUUGCCAGGUUGUGGAGUUUGGAUGAAUCGAGUAUUGUUGCAAAAGCAAUUGAAAAGCCGGAGUUAUUUGCUAUGAAGCCCCAAAGAGAAGGAGGAGGAAACAAUAUUUAUGGUGAUGACGUGAGGGAGAUCCUCCAAAAGUUGCAGAAAUCAGGUUCUCAAGAAGAUGCAGCUUAUAUCCUUAUGCAGAGGCAUAGGUUUCAGUUGUUGGUUCUAAGAACAAAAGUAAGGACGUGGUUUGAGAAGGGAAUUUUCCAGGAAGCGUUUUCAAAUGAGUUGAGUUCAUCAUCAUUAGACAAGUUUGGAAAAGGAAGGUUAACUUGUUCAAAUGCAUGUCACUAA